UGUCUAGCCCAUGCAUUACGGUAGAAGCAGGCUGCGGAGAGUCUGUGUCCGACAGACCCGGAGUUGGACUGGAAGACACUGCGCCGAACAGGUCUCCGAUGCUAUCCCUUCUUCUGAGCCACGGACAACAUUUCAUCUAGCCAGGUGCAACUAGGAGGCUGUCUCCCUUGGCUUUUAUUAAUCUUCUGACAAUCUUGACGUCAACACUGUGGUUUUUGAAAAGAGGACAGAUUCUUGGGAUCCAGCUUGACUCAACAUCCAAAGUCCCAGACCAGCUAACAGAAGGAGUGACCCCAUCCCUUGCCCAACCUCCCCUGCUGCUAGCAUGGCAGACAGUCGACAGCCAGAAGACGGGGCCCCCCAGUGGGACCCAUCAGGGGGGCAGGAGCCCGGUGGCCCCCACGGAGCCAAUGGCUACUCUUCCUCAGCCUACAGGAGCUGCCAGCCUGGCGGGGCUCACAUGGCCACAGCCCCCUACUCGGCCAGGGAGAACGGCUUCAAUGGGGAGCUAACUGGAGCUCACGCUAUAACUGCAGAACAAGUGUCAGCGCGAAUUGUGCAGGAAGUGACGGCAGAGGCAGUGGCAGUACUGAAGGGAGAACAGGAAACUCAAAGGCUGCCAUCAGUUGAAGACACCACCAAUUUGCCUCCCUCUCCUCCCCCAUCACCUGCUGCCGAACACUUUGGUCCUCUGGAACAAGAUGUAGGGGAUGAGGAGGAGGCGGGCCCUCUCCGCCGCUUCCAAAAUUCUCGGGAGAGGUGCAAGUUCCUCGCCCCCUCCAUCUCAGUUUCCGUGCCCGAGGACGACCCCUACCACUCCGACGAGGAGUACUAUGAGCACCCAUUGUUCAGCCCAGAGUGGACGCACUCGGGCUCUCGCCCCACAGGGCAGGCCGUGGCCUUUAGACAGAUUGAAGAAGAGACCAUGGAGGCUCUUACAGCUGAAUACGAGGAGGAGGUGGAAGAGGAGGAGGAGAGUGCAGAGGCACCAGAAUCCGAGGCAGCUCUUGAUGAGCAGCAGUGGAGUGGGGAAGAGCCCGAGCUGGACAGCCCCCAGGCUGACUCCUUAGAGCAGGCAGAGCCCAUAGACGAGGCCCAGGAUCUAGACCUGGAGCCGGCCGAGGCAGCUAGUGCUGCUGCAGAGAGCUCUGUGGACAGAGAGGAGGAGGAGGAGGAGGAAGCAGAGGGUGAGGAAAGCCCUGAGACAGCUUUGAAGAUGGACUCAGACAAGCAGGACAGUGGGUCCAUGAGCCCUGACAGCAUUGGAUCGGAGAAACGCCCAGAAGAGUUUUUUGAGCCACAGAUCCAAGGGUUUUUUGCUGGUGAACGAGUUGUACCAGAGAGCCCCACCAUGGAUAUGCCAUCCUUUGUACCUCCAGAUGUUCGAAACCAAGCCAAAGAACCUGUAAGGUCACUCACACUUCAGCCUACAUAUGGUGAACCGAUCACCGUGUCUGAGAAACAGCCGUCAGUGGAGGUGGUGGAGUUCAGCAGCAUUGGUGCUGCUUCUGACUUCUCUUCAAUGGGAGUCAAAGUCCAGGGUGAAGACUCACCAAGAGACGCAAGCGACAGGUCUGGCAUGUCAGCAUAUUUUGAAACAUCAGCCAUGGAAGUUGAUGAAGGUCCCCACAGUAAGGGUGAAGGUUAUUAUGAACUAAGCAGAUCCGGUGAGCAGAAGAUUACUGUCGAUUCUGGGUCUCAGGAUAUCAGCUACAGCACACUAGCUGAAGUUCAGGAUAAACCUGAAACUAAAAAAAGUACGACAGAAGACACUAGUGUGUUUACAGUUCCUGACAGGAGUAAUGACUGCAGACUUUCCCCAGGAAAACUAGCCUUAGAACAGAGGAGUUACUCACUUAACAUCACCAUUGGAGCAAUGGAUCAGAGUGGGCAAGGCAGACCUAGGAACUUUUCUCCACUAGCCACAGAUAUCAUGUCCUAUACUAGUGGAAGUCUAGAUGAGUCAGCAGACUACCUUCCAGUUACUACACCUUCUGUGGAUAAGCCUCCGUCUUUCCCACCCCUGAUCCUGGAGACUGCACCUUCCAUCACAUCAGAUUCUUCAUCGCCUCCAAGGACCGCUGAAGCACCUUCAAAAUCAAGCCCUGAACCAGAGUCUCCAGAGUCGCCUCAGCCCCCAAAGAGCAACUACAAAAACGGCACAGUGAUGGCACAAGACUUACCUGAGAUGCUAGACCUUGCUGGUACCCGUUCCAGACUGGCAUCAGAAAACACUGACCCAGAAAUCACCAGGAGAAAGUCAAUUCAAGCUGAUUUUCCUCCCUUUGCUGAUGACCCACUGGCCAGUCUAAUAUCAGGCCAACAGAGUCCUGGACCUAGAAAGAGUGACAGCCAGACGGAAGAGAUGGGCUAUUGUGUGUUCAGUGAAUAUUCAGGGCCUAUGCCAUCCCCCGCAGAUGUGUUCAGCCCUACAGACACUGCCACAAAAGUCUUCACUCCCUCUGUCCUGGAGGAGAAAGUGGCUGAGCAGGCAAGGAAAUUAGCAGUCAGAGAUACAUCUGUGGAGGACAAGAUCCAGCCAUCAGAAGUUGCUGACGAAGCCGAAGAGAAAGAGGAAAAGCAAGAAGAAAGAAAAGAUUCUGUUGAAGAAAAAGACAAAGAUGUUGUAGAUGAUCAGCCUGUUAAGAUUGUAAGUGAGACACCACUGAUUCAGCCAAGUGAGACCUUUGUGACACCAACUGUCACUGUGACUCUAGAAGAAGGUGGAAGGUCAGGCAGUGAGACGGAGCGACAAGCCAGCGGUGAAGGCUCGGCCUCAGAAACUGAGAUUGCCGACUAUGAGAGGCAGAUCCGCAAAUUGGAAAUGGAGGACAGGCCUCUCAGUUUGGAGGAGGAACGAGAACUGCAGGAGCUCCGUGAGAAGGUGAAACUGGUGCACCAGGAAGCCUAUGAGGAAGUGGAUGCAGAAGAUGUGUACCAGCUGACUGGUGUGGCCAAGGACCGAAUUGCCAGGCCUGUCAAAACUUCACCUGCGUCAUCGGUGGAGAGCAACAUCGAUGAUGACAAACUGCUGUCUCCGGUGCUCUCACCUUCCAAACUGAAACAAAGAGAAGUAUAUGGUUCCCCCAAAAGAGUUCCAUCGCCAGUGUUAGGAAUAAACAAAGAGGAGAAAGAGGAGGCAGAGAGAAAAAAGAGGGAAGAGCAAGAGAAGGAAGCAGCUGAGAAGAAAAUGAAAGAAGAAGAAGAGAGGAAAAUCAGGGAAGAGGCAGAAAAGAAAGAAAAGGAAAUGAAAGAGAGGGAAGAACAGGAAAGGAUAGAGAAAGAAGAAAGAGAAAAAGAAGAAGCAGAGAGGCUAUUGAAGGAAGAAAAAGAAAGGAUGGAAAAAGAACAGAAAGAGCAGGAGAUGAGAGAGAAACUGGAGAAAGAGAAAAAAGAAAAAGAGGAGAGGGAGCUAAAAGAAAAGGAAGAGAAAGAGAAGAAAGAAAAAGAAGAGAGAGAAAGGAAGGAGAAAGAAGAGAGGGAGAGGAAAGAAAGAGAAGAAAGGGAAAGGCUAGAGCAAGAGGAGAGAGAAAGGAAAGAAAUGGAAGAGAAGGAAAGAAUAGAGCAAGAGCUAAGAGAGAAGGAAGAGAGAGAAAAGGUUGAAAGGCAACUGAAAGAGAAGGAAGAGCUUGAGAAAUUGGCUGAGAUGGACAAAAGGUUGCAGACAAGCCGGAAGAAAAAGAAGAUAAAACCUGCUGAGACAGAGGCAGAAAACCUGAAACAAACGGCUGAGGAAGACGUGUUAAAGAAAGCAGGAGCUGGGGCAGAGGUGACGAAGGAGAUUCCAGAGACUCGCGCUGCCAUCGAAUCAGUGGUGACAGUUGAAGAUGAUUUUAUCACUGUGGUCCAGACCAUCGAUGAAGCUGAGGAACCAGGGCAUAGCGUUCGUUUCUCAGGUCCGCCUGAGGCUGAAGCCCUUUGCGUUGCUUCCCGUAAAGAAGAAGAAGAAGAAGAGGAGGAGGAGGAGGAGGAGGAAGAGGAGGAGUCUGUUGAGCUGGCCCAGGAAGCAGACAUGGAGCCCGCCAGUCUAGAGGAGGAGGGUGAUGUUCCUGAAACCCCAGCCUCCCCCGAGAGGGAGGCUCAGACCAUAGAAACAGAAGAACCGACAGAAAGCUACGAUCGAGACGAAACCACAAUGGACGACUCCAUCCUGGACAGCUCCUGGGUUGACACACAAGAUGAUGAUAAGAGCAUGGCAACAGAGCAGAUUGAGCCUUUGCCCAAGGUGCCUAGUCCAGUCAAAAAGCCUGCCAUGGUCCAGAACAAGCAGAUGCAACAGCGGAAGACAGAGAAACAGGAAAAGCCUGUUAAACCCAAGACCAAGGGUGGCCGGCCUAAAGGACGAAUCUCCACACCAGAACGUAGACCUGUCCGCAAAGAACCUGUCUACAUCCCCAGAGAGGAAGUCAAGAAGAAAAAAGCUGUGAUAAGGAAGACUGAGCUUACCAAAAAAAUGGAGACUCAGAGUCAGUCCCCAUCCAAGAGAAGUGCGAUGAAACCCACAGUCCGCCAGACCCGUCCCAUCCAGCACCACUCCUGCCCCAGAAGGAGACCCACAGAGGCCCUACCAGACGGUCGUCAGCCUCUCAGCGUUGCCAGACAGUCUCGCGACAGAGCAUCGGAUGGUGGAUCACGGAGCCCAGACAAGAGGACCUCUCUGCCACGGCAUGCCUCCAUCCUGACCCGUCGUCCAUACCAUGACCAUGAGGAGAGUUCCACAUCUAUCACUAGCUCCGGCUCCACAGCUCCCCGCAGACCCACAUCAUUUCGCACUGAGAUGAGGGCAGAGCACAGGACAGGACGAGCCCCUAGUAUGACAGUUACAGAAUCGGUGCGCUCCCGUUCGGCUCGCAGUGGCCACUCCACCCCCCGCACCCCCGGCUCCACAGCCAUCACCCCAGGAACCCCUCCCAGCUACUCAUCAUCUUCAAGGACCCCCGGGACCCCACGCUCCCUCAGUUUGAUUUCCCAGGAGAGGAAGGUGGCAGUGGUCCGCACCCCACCUAAGUCGCCCGCAACCACACCCAAGCAGCUCCGGAUCAUCAACCAGCCGCUGCCUGACUUCAAGAAUGUCAAGUCUAAGAUCGGCUCCACAGAGAAUAUCAAGUACCAGCCCAAAGGAGGACAGAUUCAUAUUUUAAACAAGAAGCUGGACUUCAGUCACUCACUGUCAAAAUGCAGCUCCAAGGACAAUCUGAAGCACUCUCCCCGUGGGGCAAAUGUUCUCAUCCCCAGUGUUAAGCUGGACUAUAGCCAUGUUCAGUCUAGGUGUGGGUCCUUGGACAGGCGGGGCUACUCAGCAGGAGGUGGAAACGUGCAAAUACAGAACAAGAAGAUCGACUUGAGCCAUGUGACCUCCAAGUGUGGUUCUCUAGACAACAUCCAUCAUCGGCCAGGGGGCGGUCACGUGCGUAUAGAGAGUGUGAAGUUGGACUUCAAAGACAAAGCCCAAGCCAAGGUGGGUUCCCUGGAUAAUGCUCACCACAUUCCUGGUGGAGGCCACAUCACGAUUGAGAGCCACAGGUUGACGUUUCGCGACCACGCCAAGGCCCGAGUGGACCACGGAGCCGAGAUUGUCGUCCAGUCGCCCGGCCUCUCCGGCUCAGUGUCCCCUCACCGCAACAGGGACAGCCACCUAUCAUCCUCCGGCAGUCUCAACAUGAUGGAGUCGCCGCAGUUAGCGACCCUGGCUGAGGAUGUCACCGCAGCUCUGGCCAAGCAGGGUUUGUGAACACUGGAUCUGUGGAUUCGCCGUUCUGCAUCCCAGACAUCCUCUGUCCUGAUCCUCUCAAACUUUUCUGCCCUCUCCUGCCACCCUGAGGCCGACUGAUUACCACUGCUACUCAGCUACACCACAGCCUCCACAUAUCUUUACUUCAACGUCCUUCACUCAACUCUAAGUAGAGACUCAAGUUAGGAGCUACUGUACUUUGGUCCUCUUUAUCCUGUUUCCUGUCUAUUUUAAACACAAACAUGUGCUACUUCUGAUUUAUUUUGUUGAUCUCCCUCUUUUUGAAUGAUGUUGCAUAGAAUAGUUCAAUUUGAGCACCGGUCCCGGAUUAAGUUGAAUACGCACUUAAUGUUGGGGACCAAAUAUCGGUUUGACUGGUCUUGGAUCAGUGUUUUGAAGAAGCUACAGCCUUUUUUCUAUUUUAAAUAAGAAGUAAUGUGACCAGUACACCAUGCCGCACGUAUUGUUCUUGCUCAGUAAACGUGCAUGGACGCCAGACCCCCCUAACAAAAGAAGCAUCCUUACUGCAAGUCAUUCUUGUCAUCCAAUAUAUAAUACACUUAACAAAUAUAUAUAGAAACAUGUAUAAAAACAUCAGUUCUUUGCCAUCUACAUGUCCUCAAAACAUUUUAAAAUGAAGCGACAAUAUGGCUAUAAAAUAUAACUGUAAAAUUGCAUUUAUGCAAGAACUAGGUCAUGUUAUGACAAGCAUGUAUGGAUUCAAAUAUUAAAAGAGGCUAUUUUGUAAUUUAAAAAAAAGGGUUUUAGUAAGUUAUUUCCUCAUUUAUUGGAUAAAGAUUAAACAAGUUCAUGUUUUGUAGUUAAUAGUUGUUUACAGUGUAAUGCUUGGUGACAAUGUCAGACAGCUGAUUUGGUGUUGCUAAGGAAUGCAUCUCAGUCCUGUUGAUGAGCAUCAUUCACACAUACCUGCUCAGCAGUUCAAAAUAGAAGCUUGUUUCUACAUCAGAACAGUAUUAAACACUGGAGCUCAUUCUGCAAAAAUCCAUCUGGAAAAGGACACCACUAACAGAGCCGUGUCUUUACAGCUGCUGCUAAACAGUGCAGACAUUUCUCCACUAAUACAAGCUGACGUUGAACUCGUCAUCAGGAUGGUCUGGUGUCUGAACCGCAGAGGAAGAUGCUACAGUUUGCGAUCUGAUAUUUAGCAGAAGAUGCAGCUACUCUGAAACCUGUCUGUGUGUGUGCAUUUGGUGCAGAUCCCAUGCCGCUUUAUGGCGGAUGCUACUGUAUCUGGAUGUUUUGUUGCAAUAUGUGGGAGACGAAAUUGGGGGAAAAAAAUAUUUUGACAAAUUAAGGGACAAAAGAAAAUUGACAGAGGGAACUCCGUUGACUCCUGUUAUAUCUGUUUGAAAAAAAAAGUGUUUGGGUGAUCUAGUUUCUUUUUCAGACACCAUUUGUGGUAUGCCCCGCCUCCUGCCUAAUUACUUCCCUCACCUGCAACUGUUUGUUUGCUUCUGUGUUUUUUCUGCAUUCCCCAUCUCCGUGUGCCCCUUCCCCACCUCCUGCUCCACCCUACAGCAACUGUAAAUGUAUUUAAAAGGUCAAGUAGAUGUACGCAGUUUUUCUCUUGUUGAUAUGACACCAGUUACAAUAAUUAAUGACAAUAAAAAGGACAAAAAGUGAAA